UCAGCGUCCACACACACGGGACAGUUAUUGAAGAAGAGCGGAAAGCGAGUAAAGCGGAGUGUUCUCUCCAUAAUAAUUCCUUCCUUUUUAACCGAAAUGAAGAUGUGGUGGACAAGUGCAGCGGUGUGUCUGGUUCCCCUUCUGCUCGUGCAGGCGGCGAGGGCUGAAAUCUACACGUCUCUUACAUGUAUGAGCAACCUCUUUAGUUUCGACAAGAUGGUUGGAGAAGCUUUGCCUCUGAUGCCUGAAUUCACUCCAGAGAUAGAAGGGUAUACAGAGUCUCCUACUCCGAGAGCAGCCAGCGAACAGGAUGCAGGUGGAAGCGCAGCCAUGAACUUGACCUGACCCUCACGGGAGAAAUCCUCUGCCACAUCUUCGCUCUCGUGAAGCGCCUGCGUCCUCUUCUGGCACAGCAAUCUCUCGGGAAUUUCACUCUAUCUCCAAUGCGAAAACAUGCGAGGACUUCAGCGACCACUGCCAAAGGUGGGCGGAGGCAGGAGAAUGCAAAAUAAACACCGUCUAUAUGAAGAUCAACUGCCGAUCCUCAUGUCACCUCUGUCCACCUCCAGAAUUAUUAGCCAUCGUGGAGCGGGUGCGGGAAGCCGAAAAAUCAACACUGCUGCCAACUGGAGACGACCUUCGAGGCACCGCCAUAGCCAUCGCCCGCCUCCGCCGCAUAUACCGGCUGGCCAUCACCGAUCUAGUGGACGGACGCCUCCUCGACGCCGUCACCUCCGCCAGGCUGACCAUCUACGACUGCCUGAUGAUUGCUGACGAGAGCUUUAAGGCCAAAGACUUCACCUCCGCCUGGCUGUGGAGCCGCUAUGCCUGGACGGCGACCACGCACCCCGAGAUGAAGGCCUACGUCUCCCGCCUCAUGGCAGCUGUGUCUAAGGAGCAUGACGACACCUGGAACGGAGAGACCGACCAUUUCCCUGCUCGUCUUUCCGAAGGCCAGAGUCAGGUGCCGCACGACAUCACUUACGAUCGGCUCUGUCGAGGGGAGCACUUCAUGUCCGAAGAAGAGGGCACGGGCCUCCGGUGCCGCGUGUCGGCCAUGGGGCAGCCGCACCUCGUCCUCCAACCCGUCAAGUAUGAGCAGCUUCACUUCGACCCGGAGAUGUACCUGUUCUACGAUGUUCUCUCCGACUCCGAGAUACAGGCCAUCAAGGACUCGGCUUUGUCAAAGCUCUUUCGCUCGGGCACGCUGGCUCCCGAGGUUUAUUCGGACAUCAGGGUAUCCCAGACCGCCUGGCUCACCAACGCGUCCCACCCUCUCCUGCCGGGUAUCUGCAGGAGGAUUUCGGCGAUCACCGGCCUCAAUGUAUUCGAAGGGCCUGAUGGAAGCAGGGCGGGAGAAGACCUGCAGGUGCUGAGCUACGGCGUGGGCGGCCACUACAUUUACCAUGUGGACGUCCUGUUCAAGAACUUACCUGAAGAUCAGUGGCACGAGACCACUGCUGGCGCUCAUGUGAUCCAGGAUGGUGACCGAAUGGCAACUUGGAUGUUCUAUCUGUCAGAUGUGGAGAGAGGCGGCAGAACGGCCUUCCCAAAGGCCGGCAUCUCCGUUCCUCCUGUUAAGGGCGCAGCUGUUAUGUGGUUUAACCUCAAGAAGAACGGCGACGUCAACCCAAGGGCUGAACAUGGGGGAUGCCCUGUGUUGCUUGGCCACAAAUGGGUGGCCAAUAAAUGGAUUCGUGAGCACGCCAAUUUCCUCAAGAGACCUUGCAGUAUACAACCUUUUGAGUGAUAACCUGAACAAGAAUAUUUACGUCUUCCUUAUCAAAAUCUAUUUCUAUUUGGAAUGGUUUGUGAAUGAUGUGUAAUUACGACACACAUUAGCGUCUAAACAAAAUAUAACGAAUUAAUGCAUUUCACUCGAAAAGAACAAUGCUUAUGCAUUAUCUUCAAUAUUAUUUUUGUAAAGCUAUUCUGACCACUUAUAAGUCUAAUCUAACGUUGUGUAUUUUGUUUUCUUAUCAAAAUAAAUUUCCUUUACC